AUGUCCCGCCCUCGCAUGCGCCUGGUGGUCACCGCGGACGACUUUGGUUACUGCCCGCGACGCGAUGAGGGUAUCGUGGAGGCCUUUCUUGCCGGGGCCGUGACCAGCGUGUCCCUGCUGGUCAACGGUGCGGCCACGGAGAGCGCGGCGGAGCUGGCCCGCAGGCACAGCAUCCCCACGGGCCUCCACGCCAACCUGUCCGAGGGCCGCCCCGUGGGUCCGGCCCGCCGUGGCGCCUCGUCGCUGCUCGGCCCGGAAGGCUUCUUCCUUGGCAAGAUGGGAUUCCGGGAGGCCGUGGCGGCCGGAGACGUGGAUUUGCCUCAGGUGCGGGAGGAGCUCGAGGCCCAACUAAGCUGCUUUCGGGAGCUGCUGGGCAGGGCCCCCACGCACGUGGACGGGCAACCAGCACGUGCACUGCUCCCAGGCGUGUGCCAGGUGUUCGCCGAGGUGCUGCAGGCCUAUGUGCGCUUUACGCGACUGCCGCUGGAGCGCGGUGUGGCUGACUGCACUUCGGAGGCCCCCGCGCGCGCCUUCGCCUGCGCCGUGGAGCGCGACGCCCGGGCCGCCGUGGGCCCCUUCUCCCGCCACGGCCUGCGGUGGACAGACGCCUUCGUGGGUCUGAGCACUUGCGGCCGGCACAUGUCCGCUCACCGCGUGUCCGGGGCACUGGCGCGGGUCCUGGAAGGUAUAGCGGGCCACACCCUGACAGCCGAGCUGAUGGCGCACCGCUACCCCAGUGUGCCUCCCACCGGCGGCUGCCGGUGAAGGCCCCGACGCUUCUCUUGCUCUGGGGAGCGGCUGCAUGAGCUGCGCGUCCCACCGCGCCCCGCUGCGGCCCAGCUUACCCAGGAUGGCGUGCAGCUUUGCGCCCUCGACGACCUGGACUUCAAGAGGCCAGGGGAGGAGGUCCCCUGUGAGGCCACUCUGGAGCCCUUCCUGGAACCGUCCCUACUCUGACCCCCUACAGACAACUAAGCACUAAUCCCCUUAGUACCA